AACAGAAAUCAUAAAGGAUGGAUGACCUAAGCGACCCUAAACCUUCGGUAGACACAGUGGAGGAUAAUGACAGUUUUGAUCCUGAAGUACACAAGAUGUCCUUUCACAUUGGGAGUCCACCUUAUUCUCAUCAUCAUGAAAUUACCGCAAGGAGAUAUGUUCGUACCCAGCAUGAACUGGAUGAGCAUUAUAGCAAACCAGCUCAACCAAAACCUACAGUAAGAACUCGUUUACGACGCUGGUUCUGUUGUCCUAAAGAGAAAGUGGAACAAUAUUUCAGUACACUGUUUCCAAUUGUGAACGUCUUGAGAACCUACAAUUUAAGUUACAUUCUAAAUGACAUGGUUAGUGGAAUAACAAUAGGUUGCCUUAGUUUUCCACUCGGAAUUGCUUUCGGUGUAUUGGCCUCCUUAGCUCCUGAAUAUGGAUUAUAUUCUUCAUUUUCACCGGUGAUACUUUAUCUUCUAUUUGGAACCUCUCGACACAUUUCAUUUGGAACGAACGGCAUUAUAAGUUUAUUUACAUCCGAAUUAAUACAUAAACAUUUGCCAGCUGCUGCAGGUGCAAAUUCAACUAAACCAGAAGAUGACAUCGAUUUAAAAUCUUCCAUAGCAUCUGGAUCUACAUGUAUAAUCGGGCUGAUUCUGCUAUUGAUGGGCCUACUUCGCCUUGGAUUUAUAGUCAACUACAUAUCAUCGUCUUUUGUAAGUGGGUUCACCGCUGCUGGUGGUGUUCACAUCGUAACAAGCAUGUUACCGAAUGCUUUAGGAAUUACUAUUCCGAGAUUCACAGGAGCAGGACAACUUGUACUGACAUACAAAGCCAUUUUCGAAAAGGUACCGAAAAUACACGUCGCUUCUCUGCUUUCUUCGCUUUUAACUGCCGCUAUACUUCUUGCUUUUAAAGAUGUUAUCAAUGUGAAGUUCAGACACAAACUUAAGACACCAGUUCCCAUAGAUUUUAUUGUGGUCAUUAUAGCAACAAUAAUUUCGAAUUUUGCCAACUUAUCUGAGAGUUUCGGAUUAAAAAUAGUCGGCGAUAUCCCUGCCGGAUUUCCUCCACCUAGAAUGCCAUAUCUUUCUGUAGAUUUGGUUUUAGAUUGUUUUGUGGUUGCUAUAAUGAUUUUUAUGCUCUCUGUAUCCAUGUCUCGUCUUUGUGAAGCAGCUCAUAACUACAGAGUUGAUGACAACCAAGAACUUGUGGCAUAUGGAUUAUCAAACUUUGUUAGUUCUUUCUUUCUGUGUUUCCCGUCAUGUGCAGGUCCAGCAAGAACUAUUACUUUAUGUUUAAUGGGCCCAAAGUCAACUUUACACGGACUCAUUUCUUCGUUUUUCAUUCUAAUCAUUCUUUUAUGGAUUGGACCAUUGUUCCGAAUGCUUCCGAUCUCUGUCUUGUCUACCAUGGUCAUCAUAGCCGUUAAAAAUCUUGUUACUCAAAUGAAAGAUUUGCCGGAAAUGUGGAGAUUGAAUCGUUACGACUUUUUAAUUGCAGUUGGGACCAACUUAAGCGGUUGCUUCAUUGACUUUCCAUAUGCACUUUACGUCGGUGUUAUUCUAUGCAUGUUCACAGUAGUAUUGCAAAGUCAAAUCCCGGAAGUGUAUCUUCUGUCAAAGUUAACAACCGAGGACAGAUUUUUGAAUAGCAAACUCUAUGACCACAUUUUGACACAUCCUAGAAUUCAGAUUUUUAAAUUUGAAUCAUCACUUUAUUUUGCCACGGCAGAGGCGUUUCGGAAAAAACUAUUUGAAUUAACAGAUGGCAAGUUUAACCUCCACUCUAAAUUCACCAAAAGUCAACAAUCCUACGUAGUGGCUGCUCCAUCUGAUUCAAAGCACAAUAUGGAGCACAUGAACAAAGAAAGCGUUGAAUCUUUCACGAGACUGCCAUGGGAUGGACUGCACGACAAAUCUCUACAUAAUAAGGAUUACGUCAUCAUUGACUGCUCAUCUAUAAAUUACAUUGACAUAAAUGGUUUAAGGAUCUUGAUCGAGGUUAUAUGUGAAUUAGAAAAUGUUGGAGUCACUGUUGUGUUUGCCAGUUGUAACCAGUACGUAAGACGUUUCUUAAAAAAAUCACAAUUGGCUUCAAAAAUAUCGGAGGAACAUAUCUUUGCAGAUAUAUGGGAUGCUUUUAGCGCCUUAAUAAUGUGAUGUUUCUACAAUGAUAUUACAAAAAAAAAUAAACUUGUUCUCU